CAGCAAAAAACCCAAAGCCCCACCAUGAACCAACUACCGAUCCCAGCCAGUCUGAUAAUCUCAGCAGACCCAACCCAAGCACUCAAACUAUACAACAACAACAACAACAACAACAAGAAGACGAACAGGAAGGAGAACAGUCAAACGAUAACAGACAACACCAUCUACUCUCAUCCACAACCACCAUCCAAAAGACCCAGACACUCAAGAAAACCGAACCCAAAGCAGACCGAGAACGCUUCAUCCCCACUCUCCUCAGAACAUCAACCAGAAACAAAGACAGAAAACGAUCGGAAUAGAGAGCUGGUGUCGAUCGAACAGGAUCAAGAGUUCGACCAUCAAUCUCAGCCACCCGAACUAAGACCAGCCCUACCCACCCUGCCACCUACCCCAUUAACACCACUCGAGAUCAUCAAGUCGAGCACGCUCUCGAGAACAUUCAAUAAAACCAAUCGAGUCUUCUCACAAAUCGCAGACAGUGCAACCGACCUCAUCGAAUCCGAUUCGAGCACCUGUAAUAAACUAAACCAGAUCGUAGAACUAUUGAGGGGCGAUCUGAGCUCGAGAUCAUGGAUAGAAGUGAUCGAACAAGUCAUCAAACCUCAACCUCAAGAGACGAAGGAGGAUGAUGGUGGCCAACUUCAUUAUCAGAUCCUCACUCAAACCCUCGAGACCAUCCAAGGAUUAUUCACCGUCCCUGAGCCGAUCACGAUCCCGGUGAUCGCCAACAGGACCCUGGAGGACAGUCCCCAACACAAACGGAGCUCCGCGCACAGUCGGCCAAACCCGCCGGCGCCACAGCCCGCCGAGGAAAGGCUCAGCCAGGCCGAGCAGCUCGAGAGUCUCGAGAGCUGCUCGAUCCAACUCAGCAGGUUCCUCGGCGAUAUCCAGGACUAUCGGGACCGCGUGCUCGAGAUCCGCAACGGCUGUCUGGCGAUCGAGAAGCGUAGACGGGCGCUCUGGAAUCUCAUCAAGAUCUGCUCGGUCGCUUUUGAUGAAUCAUUGUCGACCACCUCUUCCGCCUCUUCGUCUCUUCUAUCACCCUCCUCCUCCUCUUCAUCAUCCUCCUCCUCAUCAUCAUCAUCAUCCUCUGAAGAGGCCGUCGUAGGAGGAGAUCGAAAGCAAGGCAAGCGGCACAGGAAACCAGCCAAUGGGAAGACGGCGGCAGUCGUAGGACGGGGAGGGAAGCUGAAGAAACCGCAACAGCAGCAACCGAAGAAGAAUCCAAGCCGAGUGUCAAGAAGAAUGGUCCGGCCAGCCAGUCCUCAGGCUCCUCAGACGACCACCGAGCCUCCUCCGAGCCCCCAUCCGACUCGCCCUCCUCCGCCGACCCGGCCGCCGGCCGGCCCAAGCCCAGGAAAAAACCCGGCCCCAAGAAGGGCUCGACCAGGAAAACUCAACAGCAGCGUCAGCUACAACCCACCGAUCCUCAGCAAUCCACUCUUCACCAACAUCAUCCGUCCACACUCAUCGACGCCAAUCUUCCUGUGCAGCAGUCGCUUUGCUCUUCUUCCUCUUCUUCUUCCGCCCUCCAUCCCUUCUCUUCUACCGCCCCCUCCUCUACUGCUAAUCCUCUUGGAAAUCAACCCGAUCUUUCUCCCUUCCAUCAUCUGAAAAGAAAACGUAAAAUCCCUUGAUACCCUCUUCCUUUCUUGUGAUCUUUUCAUCUCUUGCUCUUCAACUCCUUUUCUUCAUUUAUCUCUUUUUUUAUUGUUGUUGUUUCUAUAUAUAUAUAUUAGACAUCAUAUGUACACAUUAUUUAUUUCAUGUAUUGGUCUUCAGUGUCGAAAACUUUUCUUUUAAUGAUUUCUUAUAAUCUUCUGAUACUUAAUUCAUUCAACUUAUAUUUCUAAUUGCUA